AUGCCUCCGAAGCGCAAGAGACCUGACCGGCCUUCGAGCGGCGAAGCCGGCCGACCUUCGCCGCACCGCCCGAACGAGAUGACCAUGGGGCACCAUGACCGAGAUGACGGCAAUAACAGAGGCCGCGGUCGGAAUCGUGGAGGCUCUGGCCGGCGCGACUCGUCGUAUGGCCAUGGCCGAAACGCAUCCCACAGCCAACCACAUACUCAGUCGUCGCCCACACACCAACGGCCGAGCUCUGGCACACAACAGCCCUCAUCACAUCACUCUAGACAGCCUUCAUCAAACAUACCGUCAUCCCCUGCCAAAACAAGCCAGGUACAGACUUCUCUUGAGCCCUCAGCAACCGUACCACGUCCAGCGCAAAAGCGAGAGCCCGAGCCUUCCAAGUCUUCCAGCUACUACUUCGACCUGAUCACAGACGAGCAGGUGGCAAACUGGGCUGCCGCUGGAAGAGAGCAUGUCAUUUCACGGGGCGUCCAGGCACGCGAUGAUAUUGACGUUGUGGAACUGUCCACCCUACUCCAGGAGUUCAUUCAUGCUGUCUUGGCUGAGAAGCUUUCCCCCGAAGAGGCUGGUGCCUGUGUCAAGGAAAUCAUCGGCGACGAGAAUACGGAAGUGAUUAAGGACUCAUUUACCUUUGCUCCUCACACGCUGUUCCUCGACUCACUGGCCAUUGUCAUGGACAAUGACUCUGACCUUUAUAAGCCAGUCCUGCGACAAUUUCUUAUUGCUACAGGCAUUUCCCCUGCGCUUAUGCGCCAAGUUCUUGAUGCGCCUAUUCUGCAACAGCUUGGUCUCAUUAGGGAUACAUUUGCCCGACUUGGUGUCCGUCAGGCCACCAACCUUCUUUACCGCCAAGCCAACUACAACCUGCUGCGCGAGGAAUCGGAAGGCUACUCAAAGCUCAUUACUGAAGUAUUCACCACAAGCAGUGUGCCACCGCCCCCGCCAGAGCGUGCACAACACACCUUUGAAAGAGUCAAGGCCUUGAUCGGCACAUUCGACCUGGAUGUUGGCAGGGUUUUGGACGUCACUCUUGACGUGGCUGCUGCCGUUUUAAUCAAGCAGUACAAGUUCUAUAUCAAGUUUCUAAGAAUCAGCUCCUGGUGGCCGCGCUCGCAACUCAAGCUUAAUACCCCUUCUUACUCGGUUGGCCUUCCUACCUGGGCAAACCCCGACUAUUCAGAUUGGUCGACCAGCCCCGAAGAUGAAGCCGCCAACGCCCAAGCCAAACAGUUACGUGAUAUCGAAUUCUGGAAUCGCGCAAGGGACAUUCAUCUGGCGGCCUUUUUCGAGCUUGGAGGUCGCCAAGUAUCCGAGCAAACCAUUCAAUCGGCUCUCAUCGCAAAUGGCGAAAACAACAAGGACGGCUCGUUGGAUCUUGAACAGCAAUGGAUCAAAGAAACCAAUACUCUGCCUCCUCCAGGCAACCGCGUUGCUGCCCAGCUGCUUGGUUUCAAGCUCCGAUACUACAAUUCGGAACUUCGCGCUGAGGCUGAUGUUCUCCCAGCCAACCUGUUAUAUCUCGCCUCUCUGUUGGUCAAGGUUGGAUUCAUUUCACUCGCAGACCUAUACCCACAUCUUUCCCCUGCGGAUGAUAAAAUGGAGGAAGUACGAGAAAAGGAAAUGAAGAAGAUUGAAGAGAAUGAGCGUGCUUCUAGGGGAGGCGGGAUGAAUGCUCUGCUCAUGGCUGGUGUAUUACCACAAGGCGAUGAUGACAACCCUAACAUGGUACGCAGGGAGGCUCCCAAAAGGAUCGAAACCGAAGCGAAGCAGGCUACCGAGCAGGCCCAGGAAUCCGAGCCUCAGCUGCCAGAGCCGCUAGAGCAAAAAGUAUCCUUCCUGACGCAGCUUUUAACUAUCGGUGCUAUUCCUGAGUCACUAUUUAUCCUGGGGCGCUUCCCAUGGAUACCGGAAACCUUCCCCGAGGUUCUUUGCAGAAUUCAUCGCCUACUCAACUUCUCGCUCGAAAAGGUUUACACCGCCAGCAAAGCUACAUCAACCGCCGACAUGGCAUGCCCAGCUAAACACGUCCCUGAUCUCGAUCAAGCCGGCGUUCCAAAGGGUAGCGUUAAGCUGACUCGCCUACCCGCCAAGAAGAGGUGGCGUUGGCCAUUCCCCGACAAGUUCGACACCAACGAAAACCAACCAUAUCGCUUCUACUGGGAUGAGUGGUCAGACCAUGUCCCUGUGUGCCAGACGGUCGACGACGUGUUCACCCUUUGCAACACGUUUCUCAAUAUUUCGGGUGUCUGUAUUGGUAAGGAUGAGGCGCUGCUCUCCAAGCUCGCUAGCAUUGGUAGUAUGAGCUUGGCCCAGGAUAGCUCGGACGGAAAUCUCAAGAGAUGGCAUGAUCUGCUGAAGAGGCUCCUUCUCCCAGCUCUCAGCCAUACCAAGGCCAACGCCGCAGUUGUGAAUGCAAUCUGGGAUAUUCUCAAGCUCUAUCCCGUCACGACUCGCUACGCGCUCUAUGCUGAGUGGUUCGAGGGGCAGACCUCCCGACUUCCCGCCAUGCGCUCAGUAUUCGCCAGAGCCAUAGCAGAUACGAGAGGUACAAUGAAGCGUGUCUCUUUGACAAACCUGGGCGAGAUGGCAAAGCAACUGGCAAAGACCAGCUAUUCUUCGCCGGGUAUUGUUUUCAGGGUCGCAUUUGAGCAGCUGGAAUCUUACCCCAAUCUUAUUGAAGCGUUUGUGGAGUGCGCCAAGUACUUCACAGACCUGUCAUAUGAUGUCUUGGUCUGGUCGCUGAUGAACUCGCUUGGCAAGUCGAGAAGCCGAACACAAGCCGAUCACGCCCUCACAACCAGCAAAUGGCUUCAAGCUUUGUCCAAAUUUACUGGCAAGGUAUUUCGUCGGUACUCCCUCCUCAACGCCACCCCCGUCCUUCUUUACGUCAAUGACCAGCUGUUCCACGGGAACUCGACCGAUCUCAUCAUUCUCAAGGAACUCAUAUUCUCUAUGGGUGGUAUUGUCGAUUUGAUUGAUUUCACCGAUUACCAGAUACUGUCCAUGGCUGGGUUUCCCUCUCUACGGAAACAUACUCUUAUCCGCGGAGGCGACAAGCGAUACGACCACAUCAAGAGCUCGAAACGCCUCCUUGAAGCUCUGACCGAGUCUGGUCUGGCUGCGCGACUGUUGGUUAAUCUGGCCCAGUACCGCCAGGCUACAGUCUUCCAGAUUCCCGAAGACGAAGCGCAUCUCAAAUACCUCUCCUCCAUCAUAGACGAUUCGCACCAAACACUUAUCCAGUAUCUCGACUUUUUGUGGAGCAAUCUUCAACAACCCGAAUUUGACAGCAUUGUGCCCUCAAUACCCGAGUUAAUGCAGUCCUACGGUCUUGAUGUUAAUUUGGCUUUCCUCAUUGGUCGUGCUAGUUUGUCUCAGCGUGCUCUCCACUGGGAUACGGCACAACUUGGCGCAGCUAAGGGAGUCCUAGCCCAACCUGACAAGGACACCGACUUGACAAUGGAGAAGGACGGAGUAGAUGGGUCAAGGACUGAUGUGAUUGCAGUGUUUGACCAGAAUCAAGCAAGAUUUGCCCAGAUUGGUGCUUCACUACGGCCGGUAGCUGAUGCUGUCAGGGAGAGUGCGCGUGCCGAAGUCUGGGAGAAGAUUACGCCGGAACUCGCCACGACAUUCUGGGCUCUGCAGCUGGCUGACAUUUACUGCCCAGCUGACAUCUACAAGUCCGAGGCUGACCGCCUGAAGGCGGAAGAGUCUGCACUCCUGCGUGACCGCAGCGAUAUGUCACGCCGAAGCCAAGAGUUGCGUACCGAGAAACGAAAGGAGCUUACUCAGCUACAAAUCAACCUCCUUGAAGAUCGCAAAAAGCAUGUCAAGACACAGGCCAACUGGAACGAAUACCUCACCAACCUGUUUCAGUCAUCCUUUGUACCUACAGCCAAGGCAGAUGCCAUCUCCGAUGCGCUCCUCCAGCAGUGCAUCUUGCCACGUGUGCUUCUGUCGCCCGCCGAUACCGAGUACACUUUUCGUUUCGUCAAAUUGCUGCACGAUAACAACGCAGCAGGGUUCAAGCUCAUGUCGCUAUACAACCGACUGUUCAACGCCAACCGCCUGCGAACACUAAUCUUCACCUGUAGUGUUCGCGAGGCUGAGUACCUCGGUCGCUUCCUCAAGCUCAUUCUGCAGGACCUCUCCAAGUGGCACAAGAAUGAUCCUGUGCCCGGUGCAAAGAAUGCGAAAGAUCAGAAGCUUCGGGGCGCAUACGAGACGGAGGGCAUCGGGUCUCGUGAGAACGGUCGCCGUGGGUUUGCACUCACGACGGAUGACGACGGCAAGCCAGUGACAUUUGUGGAGCAUGCGCAAUUUAGAGAUUUGCUGUUUGGCUGGCACAAGAAUUUGAAUAGUGCACUGAAAUCUUGUCUAGGCGGCAGCGAAUGGAUGCAUAUCCGAAAUGCCCUCACAGUGCUGAAGUCCGUGGUCGACUUUUUCCCAGCCAUCGACUUUAUGGCUUCUCAGUUUUCUGCACAGCUGCAGAAAAUCACGCAGCAAGAAGCCGUACCAAAAACGUCACCCGAAAACGAGCAUGGAGGGCGUGUGGACUUGUCUGUUGCUGCCCAGGGUGCUCUGUCGGAGCUGCAGCGGAGAAAGUCGAAGUGGGUGCUUGUGCAAGUAUUCCGUACCAAUGCGGAUGUCGGCGCAAAGACUACCGAGAAACCCGCUGCCUCGAAUCUGCGUGCCACUGCGCUAGACUUCAAACCCAACACUGCGAAGACGACUGCGCCCAGGGCUGGAGAAGAAGAAGAUGGCGAGGUUCAAGAUGGAAAGCUAAAGAAGGCUGGUGCCGCGCCAGUCGGCCCCGGGAGAGACAACUUGCCGGCGAAGCCAUCAAGAGGUGGCCGUGAAGCAGGAAAGGAAGAAUCGUCAGCCUCGAGCCAGUCACGAUCGUCGACACCCAAAACAGGCCCGAAAGGAGAAAAGGGACACACUCUUCCUGAUAGGCCUAACCUGCCUACCCGCCCGGACGUGCCCAUUCCUCGCUUUAACCAGUCGCGCGGCCACGAGAGACGUGAUGGUAGGGAAGGCAGAGAAGGCCGCACCCAACGCGAGCCACGAGAAGGACGAGAGGGCCGCGAUGACAGUCGCCCAGGCCGUAACGACCGGGAACGCCAACGAGAUGGUACCAGUGGGGAGGCCCCUAAGACGAGAGAGCAAGAACGUCAACCACGUAACCCUAGAAGCGGACGUGAGAACGACGAACCAACAGCUCCAUCGCCAACGCCUCAGACUGGGCAGGCAGACCCCAUGAUGAACCCUCAACGUGCAGCACUAUUUACUCAAGAGGAGGCGGUCAAAUCCCCACGCAGCAGACAGGAGUCAGAACGGCCCAAGCCUCUACGACCAGAGCAGGCUAUCAACGCGGAGAAUGUCAACCCGGAACGUGCGGCUCUGCUUGAGCACCGUGACGAUAAAUCCUCAGGACGGCCUGGUAGAAACGACGUUCGUGAUCGCGAUCGUGACCGAACGCCGCGAACGCAGUCACCAAGACGUGUGAGUCGCCAUAGCGAGCAAGGCACUAUCGGAACACCUACUGGCGUUGAGGAGAGGCCCUCUCGCACCCAAGACCACCGUUCUCAGGGGCGCAACCGGGACCGCUCACCUGGAUCUAUCCGAGGUGAAAAGGGCCCAGAUCGCUCAGAAGCCUUUUACGGAGCUCCGCGGGGUCCUGAUUCCGAGAGGCGCCACCACGCGGGCUACCAGAACCCCAACUACGGCAGACUCGAAAAUGUUCCCGCUGGACCAGAAACGCCACAGGGCCCUCGGCCACGGGGUCGCGGCGCCGUUAGAGCCGCGCAAGCAACCCCUACCGGGCCAGUGGCUCAGCAGGACAUUCGCGCCCCCCUGUCGGAGCACACACCAAUCGCAGACCGGCAGCCACCAUCGGGCCCGGCCUCUGGGCGGGGCCGGCGUGUCUACGAGGCUAACACGCCAGGACCAGCAGCACUGUUGCCGGGAAGCCAGCCUAGAAGGCAAGGACCCAACGGCGAGAAUUCUGGCACCGCAAGCAGCGUUCAUCCAGAUCGCAUGGCCACGAUUGAUAGCCAGUCAGCGCCGCUUCCACCUCCGCCUCCGCCCCCCGGUCCACCGCCGAGCCAGAAUCGUGGCGGUGAAGCAAAUAUGAUCCCAACAGGACCUUCGGCGUCAUCUGAGAGACAUCGAGGCGGUCGCCGGCAGCUAGCGGGCAUCAACAAUGCUCUCCAGCAGAGUGCGCAGGACAGCACCAGCCGUGGCAGCAACAGCAACAAUGGUAACAGCAACAACAACCAUGGCAGGUAUGGGCAUCCCCGGCAGAUGCUGGGAGGUAACUCGGAUGCGCAGGUGCUCGCGGGAGGAUCGCAGCCCUUGGCGGCGCCGGUGCAAGAACACGGACGUUGGAUGGACGCGCCCAGGGGCCCUUCGAAUGGCGACGGCGGCGUACGAGACCAGAGUCGGGGCUACCGAGACACUAACCGUGAUCGGCCAGGCCGGAUUGGACGGCCUCGGAGCCACGACCGUGACGGCAAGGGCGGUGGCCACGGCGAGUUUCGCGACAGACGGUCCAUGGGCGGCGAGGGCGGUGCCGGUGGCGCGGGCGAGCUACAGGGACCUCGCGGGCCGGGUGCCGGACCAGACUGGCCUGGUAAUGCCAGCAUCGGCAGCAACAACAACAGUCGAGGCGGCGGGGGACGUGGCGGCGGGGUGCCGAGACCGGAUGAUCGUCACCGCGAAGACCGUGGACGCAAAAGACGCAGCGAAGGGGAACCAGGUAACAUGUCGAGUGAGCGAGGCGAGAAGCGCAACCACCUAGCCGCUCGAAACUCGCACUCGUCCAUCCAGCCCUCUGCGCAGUCCAACUGGGCCAACGAUCACUCCGCCGACGACGACCCAAGGUGGGGGAGCGACGGCCAAAGCACGCCUGCACCGAAACUCUACUCUCGCACUCUGCCAAACGGCUUCUCGCCUAACACUAGCAACGUCACCGCCAAAUAG